CGGUUCAAAUUGAAACCCUCGAUUUUCCUUAAGCUUUGUUCCAAUUUUGAUUGAUUUGGUGGAGGAGGAGGACGAGGAGAGUGUUUCAGUCACUGCGAAAAUUCAUCAACCUUUGUCGUCGUCUCUCUCCCUAUCUACUUCCCUUCCCUUUCUUCCCUGGUAUGCUGUUAUAAUGGAGUCGGCAUUGGAUAAUAAAACAGAAAUGGAGAGUGAGAGAGUUGAACAGGGCACAGACAAGGAAAUUGAGACUGAAGAGCAGACUCAGGAUACUGACGGGGAAACCAAUAAGGGAAUUGAGGUUGAAGAGCAAAGUCAGGAUACUGUUGUAAAAACCAAUAAGGGAGUUGAGAUUGAAGAGCAAACUCAGGAUACAGUUAUGGAAACCGAGAAUAAGAAUCCAGGAGAGACGGUCGGAGAGGAAGAUCCAGUGGACGAACAUAAGGAUCCUCUUUCUCCCGUGAUCACCGAAGAUGUUUCUAUCCUUGCAAAGGGGAGCGGCGAUGAUGAUAUACCAAAGAUUGAUGAUGAGAAAACACAAGAUGAGAAGCAUUCCCAGUUAGAGACUAGCCCGCAUCUAAGUCCUCCUUCAGUGGCUAUAGAUCCUGAGGAAGGGUUAAGCAAGACUACUGUGGAAGACAAUGUUGAACGGAACAUUGGGUCCAGCGAAGUAAGUUCGUUUGAUGAUAGAGAUUCUGUCAUGGAUGACAAAAAUACUCCAGUAGUCCAUGAGGAAACGGCUACAGUACCUUGUAGCAAACUCGAGGAGGAAAAAGGAUCGCCAAUCCAUCAUGCUAAUACUGUGAUGGAUCAGGACAAAGCUACAGAAGAGCAUGACAUGCCAUCCUCUGCGAUGGAUCAGGACAAAGCUAAAGAAGAGAAUGAAAUGGCAUCCUCUGCGAUGGAUCAGGACAAAGCUACAGAAGAGAUUGACAUGGCAUCCUCUGCGAUGAAUCAGGACGAAGCUACAGAAGAGAAUGACAUGGCCUCCUCAGGAGGGUUUGACGAGAUUACAGUCACUCCUGAUACCACCACACCCUUGGAGAACAAAGGAUCGCCCCUUCUUCAUCAUGCUGAUACUGUAAUGGAGCAGGAAAAACCUGCGGAAGAAGUAGAACAUAAUAUGGCAUCCUCAGGAGACCACAACGAGGUUACAGUUACUCCUGAUACCAAAAUCUCGGACGGAAAAGGAUCGCCGCAUCGUCAUGCCAAUACUGUGAUGGAGCAGGAAAAUCCUGCAGAAGAACAUAACAUGGCAUCCUCAGAAGACCACAACGAGAUUACAGUUACUACUGAUACCAGAAUUUCGAUGGUAAAAGGAUCACCGCUUCAUCAUGAUGCUGAUACUGUAAUGGAGCAGGACAAAGCUGAAGAAGAACAGGACAUGAUAUCCUCAGGAGAUCAUAACGAGUUUCCAGUAACCACUGAUACCAAAGAUGUUGAGGAGAACAAUGACAGACUAGACAAGGGCGAGGCCGACAAUAUGAACUUGGCUGACCAUGUAAGUGAGCCAGUGGAUCAUGAUGAAGGAACCACAACGGAGAAUGAAAAAGAGCCAGAUGUGCCUGUUUCUGAGACCGAAUCAAAUCUGGAGAAUAAGCCAUCCGAGCCUCCAAUAGAAACCUCAGUGAACGUGGAAAAAGAGCCAGACAUGCCUUCCAUUGAAAAUUUGACAGAAAAUGACCAAAACUCUGAUGUGUUGGCUGCUGGAGUUUCGGGAGACAGUGACAAAUCGUUAUCUCUCUUGCCCGCUACCCAGACUUCAUCUGACCAUAACGAAGUAGUUGCUACACUUGAGGCCGAACAUAUGGAAGACAUGGAAGUGGACGUCCCUGAUUCUAUUUUGGUUACUGAUGCUAGCAUUGACCCUCCAAAUAACAACGAUGUCAGUGUCGAGGCUCCUACUAAUGCUGAAAACAAAGACUAUUCUAUGGUAUUAGUACCUGAGGGAAGUGAUGCUGAUAAUGAGACUGCACCAGUGAGACGUGAACCUGGUCCUCCUUGUGUUGCAUCUUCUGAUACGAAGUCUGAAGUGGGGGUAAGUGGUGGUUUGAAUAAUGGGGUCCAUAAAAUAGGUCCGCCAUCAACUGGUUUAGAUAGGCCGCCCAUGAGCCCAAAACGCUCUUUCCUGUUGGAUGGUGCGUCGGAGGGCUAUGAAUCUGGAACGGAGGAGGAUCAAUCUGCUUUUAUGAAAGAACUGAGUCACUUCUUUAGAGAGAGGAACAUGGACUUUAAACCUCCAAAAUUUUAUGGAGAGACACUAAACUGCCUCAAGUUGUGGAGAGCUGUAAUUAGAUUGGGCGGUUAUGACAAGGUUACUGGAUUUAAACUAUGGCGGCAAGUAGGAGAGUCUUUCAGGCCCCCAAAGACAUGUACAACAGUGUCAUGGACUUUCCGAGGUUUCUACGAAAAGGCUCUUCUUGAAUAUGAGCGGCAUAAAGUUCUCGUGGGAGAAGUACAGAUACCCCUUGCUAUUGAACCAGAACCAAUGAAUAUUGAUAAUCAGGCUUCUGGAUCUGGUAGAGCGAGGAGAGACGCAGCAGCACGUGCUAUGCAAGGUUGGCAUUCACAGCGUCUUAAUGGGAACGGUGAAGUUAAUGACGACCCUGCAUUUAAGGAUAAGAAUUUAGUUCUUCACCAGAAGCGCGAAAAACAGAUAGGAACAUCCCCUGGGUUGCUUAAACGCAAGAGGCUGUCGUCUACUGAACAUGUUGCAAAACAUGCCAUCCAAGUGUCUAAUCAUCCUAUGUUGGAUGUGACGGUUGUUGAUGUUGGACCACCAGCUGACUGGGUAAAGAUUAACGUGCAGAGGACGCAAGAUUGCUUUGAGGUGUAUGCAUUAGUCCCAGGACUAGUCCGUGAAGAGGUCCGAGUCCAGUCAGAUCCGGCAGGGCGGCUGGUAAUAAGUGGUGAACCGGAGAACCCUAUGAAUCCCUGGGGAGCUACUCCUUUCAAGAAGGUCGUAAGUUUACCUACAAGAAUUGAUCCUCAUCAUACAUCGGCUGUGGUGACCCUGAACGGCCAGUUGUUCGUCCGUGUGCCACUCGAGCAAUCUGAUUAAAACAUUUUACAGUUUAACAAAGCCUUGAAGAUCCAAGAGAGAAGGGAGAGAAGAAUGUUUAGAAAUAGUUGUGAGCAUCUUUUGUCUGUAUAUUAUCAUGAUUGAGAGCAUAAUACAACCUGAGAACCCACUUUAGGAUAUCUCUAAGUAGGCCAUUAGUUUAUCAUCUCUACUCUCCCUUUUAUUAAAUUCUUAAAAAUCAACAUUUAUAUGUACCACAAGCUCAUCAAACAUUUUCUAUUAAGAAACACAAAUCUACAACUUUUUUUAGUA